AUGGCAAACAAGCUCAAAGUUGACGAGCUUCGGGCCGAGCUCGCAAAACGUGGACUCAGUAACACCGGAACCAAGCCUUAUCUGGUACGGAGACUGGAGUCGGCACUCAAGCAAGAAAACAAGCAGUCAGCAGCAGGCUUGAUCGAUGUUGGAGGCGGUAACAAGAAAAGAGAAAGGGAGUCUGAAGAUGGAGGAGAAGAUUCUAAUAAUGGACCAGAGAAAAUCAAGGCUACUGACAAGUUUCGGGACAUGAAUGUCAAGCAAUUACGAGAACAGGCCAGGCUUCUGGGAGUUUCCACUGCCGGAACCAAGAAUAAAUUACUUGACAGGCUCUGUAACGCUGAACCAGACAAUCACCAUUCACUUCAACCAAUAGAAGAAGAAGAGCAAGAACAAGGUGAAAAGGAAAAGGAGAAAAUUGUAACUGCAACGAGAAAGGGCUCAGCGGUGCUAGAUCAGUACCUUUCUGAUCAGAUGAAGUCAGAAUGGGGUAGGGUUGGGGUGAAGGGUCAAGAUAAGCUAUUUGGUCCCUACACUUCACGAGAUCCUGCUGUUUCUGAGUUUGAACAGAAGUUCUACGCCAAGACAAAGAACUGUUGGUCUGAGCGAAAGGAGUUCAAAUGUUACCCGAAGUGCUACGCUUGGUUGGAAAUGGACUACAGUGAUCAGGAAAAAGAACCUGCAGCUGUUAAAGAAAAGCCCAACUCUGCUAUAGCAAUUCAACCUCGGGAGACGCAACUUGAGUCACGUGUUGCCAAAUUUGUCUCUCUUAUAUGCAAUGUUAGUAUGAUGAAGCAGCAAAUGAUGGAAAUAGGAUACAAUGCUAAUAAAUUGCCACUUGGUAAGCUAAGCAAGUUAACUAUAUUAAAGGGUUAUGAUGUUCUGAAGAGGAUUUCUGAUGUAAUUGGGACAGCAGAUAGAUUAAAACUUGAACAACUAAGUGGAGAAUUUUACACUGUCAUUCCUCAUGAUUUUGGAUUUAAAAAAAUGAGAGAGUUUGUUAUUGAUACUCCUCAGAAGUUAAAAUGCAAGCUGGAAAUGGUAGAAUCGCUAAGUGAGAUUGAAGUUGCAACAAAGUUGUUGGAGGAUGAACCUGGAAUGCAGGAAGAUCCCUUGUAUUCUCAUUACAACCGGCUACAUUGUGAAUUGACUCCAGUUGAAGUUGAUUCUAAGGAAUUUUACAUGAAUACACAUGCAAAAACACAUUCUCAGUACACUGUUAAUAUCGCUCAAAUAUUCAGGGUCUCGAGAGAUGGUGAAAAUGAACGCUUCAAAAAGAAAAUAGAAUGCUUUUAUGGCACGGCUCGCGCCUCACAAACUGGAUUGGCAUUCUAUCCCAAGGUCAUCCUUUCGUGCUUUUGCUUGCGUAUUGCUCCCCCUGAAGCACCAGUAACUGGUUACAUGUUUGGAAAGGGAGUUUACUUUGCUGAUAUGUUCUCCAAAAGUGCCAAUUAUUGCUAUGCAACUAGUGCUGCUCCUGCUGGUGUGCUGCUUCUGUGUGAGAAAGCCACCUUAGAAUGUGAUCGGAUUAAAAAACAACUUCUAGUGGCUAGAUCAGAUCAGAUGUAUACAGAUGUUGUAGAACAGACUAUUCUUGCUCAACAUGUAGACAUUUCUCAACCAGUGGUUGCUCUUGGAGACAUGGCUGAGCUAUUACAGGCAAAAUAUGAUGCUGAUAAGUUGCCAUCGGGGAAGCUAAGCACGAAAGGAGUUGGUGGAACUGCUCCGGAUAUUUCAGAUGCUAAGGUACUGGAGGAUGGUGUUGUUGUUCCCCUUGGGAAACCCAAACAGCAACGAGGCUCAAAGGGUUCUUUGUUGUACAAUGAGUACAUAGUCUACAAUGUGGAUCAGAUUAGGAUGCGAUAUGUGGUCCAAAGAGUUAUUUCAACGUUGUGGCUAAACUCUAAUCAGCUAGAGACAAGUGCUGAUGGGGGAGCCGAGGAG